AUGCCUGUAUUUGAUGGGCGUGGGCUCGUGCCACCUGCGCCCUCUGAGGCCCCGGUGCCGGCGGUUCCGGUGGUGGUGUCCUCCGACGAUUCCGGCGAGGAGGAAGAGUACGACUCGGCGGCCACCCUGGAGGGAUCUGGGGAGACCUCCCCUCCGUGCAAGGCCGACCUCCUCCGCGCCUUGCCUGAUGACGAUGCUGCCGGCGACCACCCAUUGAAGGAGGUCCCGGCCGCUGUUGGGGGCACUACGAGGUCCAGGGUCUCCCCCUCGGGGAAGCCGACGUCUGGCGUCCCGACGAAGAGCAGAUCGUCUCUGAUCUCUCGGAGUGACGCCCCUGCUUCACCGCCGCCCGGGGCCACCCUGGCCUCACGGACUCUUGGGGCCCGCGCGCCUGCGCCCCAGGCCGCGAGGCCCCUAAGCUCCGCACUUCUGAAGAGGCGUCGGGACUACACCGCCAUGGACCAGCCGACGUCGUCAUCGAAGAAGAAGAAGGAGGGGGUGGCCACAUCCUCGGGGACCCAGCAGCCUGGCACGGCCGCGCCUCCUCUAGCACAGAAAGGCGUCGAUGGCGCCCACACCUCUUCGGCUCGGUCGUCAUCGCGAGGCCCAGAGGAGCGUCCCCAGGAGAGGGCGACGCCCAAGGCCUCGUCAACUCCUGAGGCGCUCGUCCCCAGCCCGCCGGCCGGGGCCCCGCAGGCUGCGGAGCUCCCGGCCUCUUCUUCCGCUGCCAUCAACCUGCAGGUCAUGGCGACGAUGCUGCCUCCUUUUUCCGCCUCACCAUUGGCCGCGGCAGCUUCCGAGAAGGACAAGCAAGCCGUCGCCCAGGCCGCGGCUGCCCGCGAGGUGGCGCUGAAGGACACUGGGGCUGCCCAGGAUCACUGCCGGUCGCUGGAGGCCGAGCUGGAGACCAUGCGCAACGAGCGUGCGGCCAAGGCUCGAGGCCGCCAGGCGGCGGAGGAGAAGAUGAAGGCUCGAGAGGAUGCUGUCAGGGGUCGCGACGCCGAGCUGGAGCAGUUGGCGAAGGCGCAGGCCACGGAGCGCAGCCGGUUGGAGAAGCUGGAGCAGGAGAUGAAGGCAGAGAAGGCCGAGCUGGAAGCCAAAGUGAAGGUCCUGGCUGAGGGCCGCGUGGCCUUCAAGUCCCUUGAGGAGAAGUCCCGCGUGGCGCUGCGGGCACUCUACGAGAAGGGCUUGGAGGAGCCGCUGGCGACAGACGAUGAGGGCCCCACCCAGUUGCUCCCUCAUCUGGUCGCGGCGCUUGAGGAUGUCGUGGAUGGGAUCGACCCCUUGGUGGAGGGUGAAGCCCGCGCGCUCUCCUCGGCUGCACUGACGCGCGUCUUCAGCCACCUCCAUCUUUGCGAUCAUGACGCCGACCUUGACGAGCUGCUCGAGCCCGUGGACGACGAGCGCUGCACAGCUGCUGCCGAAGCCAUGAAGAGCCAGGUGGAGGCCUUGCUAAAGAAGUUCCGCGCCUUCGACCUUGUGCCCUCAACCGGGGGUGCCGCUGGACCUGCAACUCCGGCGGGCGGCGCAGGUGAGGGCAACGUCGCCGUGGAAGGGGCACCCCUUGCAAGUGACGGCGGCGUCCAGGGAUGA